AUGGGAGGACAAGGCCGCAAAUCCAUGAUCCCCUUCAAGGGCGACAUCAUUGCGUACAUGAGCGAACGGCGGGACAACAACAAGUUCGUUAGAGUGUUUCACCUCAUGCAAUGGAUCCGGCGCAACCAAAAGCCAUGGCUCGUGUCCUACAUCGAGGCGAAGAAGAACCCGGAGACACCGAAAAGCCUGUGUGUCGAACUCAGUCAAGAGGUGUUGGACUCUGUGUGGCUUGGCUAUGCAGUGUACUUCCACACCAAGUAUGCUGCCUACCCAAAGCACACCAUUCUGAACGCUGACGAAACUGGCCCCCCGGGAGCACCUGGCUGA